GAUAUUUGUAGUGAUAUCCUAUGUUUAUUUGCUAUUGUAUUGUAAUUUGAUAUUUAAAAAAAAAAUGAUAAUUUGACUGCGUGUGAACAGGGGCGAAAUGAACGUAAAGGCUACACACAAUGAUUUGCUCGUUUGUUUCAGUUAACGAUUUUAUUCAUUUCCACCGACCAAAGAGCUCAGGGAGUUAUACUGAACCAAAUGGCUCGCGUUGUAUGUUAGCAAGCGAAUUGUGAGCAGCAAAUCAUUGUUCCUCGAUAGCUGUUGAGCUAGCCAGUCUGCUAACGUUUCGCAUUUGUGUUAGCUACAGACAGAAGCAAUGCCCAGGUAACUGUCAUCAAUGCAUUCGACACCUAGCGUUGUGUGACACUGUCAGUCUCCCCACCAUGAAACUGGUUCGCCUCCUGUGUCGUCACAAGACGGCUCUGGCAAUUGCAGGAGUCUGCCUAUUUGCUGUAGUCGUCCUCUUCCUCGCCAAGUGUACCUCCGAGACCCUGAAACAGGGCCAGGUUGACCCUCCAGGCCUAGCACCCCACGCUGCCCACUCCCGGCCCAGAGCAGAGCCCCCCUCACGCCCCAAAGACCUCUCAGCCUUCCUUGUGGUCCUCAUCACUACAGGACCCAAGUACACAGAGCGACGGAGCAUUAUCCGCAGCACAUGGCUGACUAAGAAGGACCCGGAGGUUCUAGCUAUGUUUGUGGUGGGAACAGAGGGUCUACCGGCCGAGGAUAUGCAGAACCUCAACACAGAGCAGGGCCGACACAAAGACCUGCUCUUACUCCCCGAGCUGCGGGACUCGUAUGAGAACCUGACCCUGAAGCUGCUGCACAUGUACACCUGGCUGGAUCACAAUGUAGACUUUAAGUUUGUUUUAAAAGCAGAUGACGACACCUUCGCUCGCCUGGACCUGCUGAAGGAGGAGCUGAAGACUAAAGAACCCAGCCGGCUGUACUGGGGGUUCUUCUCAGGCUGCGGUCGUGUCAAAACUGCAGAGAAGUGGAUGGAGUCUGCUUGGGAGCUGUGUGACUACUACCUACCCUACGCCCUGGGUGGAGGCUAUCUGCUCUCCUGCGACCUAAUCCACUACGUGCGCAUCAACGCUGCCUUCCUCAAGGUGUGGCAGAGCGAGGACGUGUCGCUCGGGGCUUGGCUGGCCCCCGUGGACGUCAAACGGACGCACGACCCACGCUUCGACACGGAGUUCAAGUCAAGGGGCUGUAGUAAUAAGUACCUGGUGACCCACAAGCAGAGCCUGGAGGAUAUGUUAGAGAAACAGCAGACACUGCAGAGAGAUGGGAGGUUGUGUAAAGAAGAGGUUAAACUCAGACUGAGUUAUGUAUACGACUGGAGCGUCCCGCCAUCCCAGUGCUGCCAGAGGAAGGAUGGAGUACCCUGAUAACCCCUGACCCUAUCCAUCCUCACCAAUGUUUCCCCAGGCAGUAUGGUGUUCUCCCUCAGCCUUGCUCUGCCGUCGUCCCCCACCUCCCCUCUUGUUCUGUUGCCCCUCCUCAACUAAAACAUUUGUUGCCUUCAGUUGACAUCCAUAGAAGGUGUAUGUUAUGGCAGCCCGCCUAUGAAAAUACCUGAGGAAAACACUGUUCCCUUUAUAUGUUUACUUGUUUAUUUAUUCUGGAGCCCUCACGGACUAAACUGAAGCAAACUGGUACCACAGAAUAGGACAGGAGUCGAUGUAUUUAUUAUUAACAGCAUGUUGGGAGUGAGUGUACUUAAAGGAACUGGUAUUCAGCUUACUGGUAGGACAAUAAAGAGACCCAAGAUUGUU